UUAGAGUUUAGGUUGAAACGCCAACUCGAAGAGCAGCAAGUGUGGCCACUUCACAACUUUCUGGGUCAACAAAACACGCUUCGAGACGACUAUUCACCAUGAAAUACAGCUCAAUGUUUGCUCAGAAGACUUGGGAGCUGAAGUCAAAGUGACUUUUUUUUUUCUCCCUCAAAACUGGAGCUGUUUCCUUGUUCGACAGCGGGGUGAAAUACCUCCUCAUCCUCACAAAGAAACUUUGCUUGCUAGGCUAACUCGCAGGAAAAAAAAAAAAAAAACUAUAAUAAUCGAUUAAAAGUGCGUCGCAAACGAUUGGAAACCGUCGUCUUUCCAGUUAAGCGUUGCUGCGUGGUUAUUAGUUGUCGAAUUAGUCAGUUUUGUAGCUUUUUUUUUUUAUUUUAUUUUUUGGGAGUGGAUGAGCUUAGCCAGCAGCAGACGUUACCAGUGUGUCCGCACGGAGUGUCCACGCAGCGCCCCCACGCUUCUCUUCACACCAUCACUGAGGCUUUUAGGUGACCAUGUCUGGCCGAAGUGGAGCUGCACAAACCCGGGGAACCGCAGUGGGUCCUCAGCCCCUCAAGGCCACCGUUCCCUAUCGGCUGGCCAGCAAGCCUCGACCAAACUGGAGAGCUGGAAAGUCAGGUGGAAAAGCCAAAUCACCACAGCUGAGCUCUGGCAUGAGGCGCACAGUUUCUCUUGAUGCCAUCAUCGGGCCGUACCUGCAGGGACACUGGCCAAAAGAACCAGAGAGUCAGAGCGGCCUGUGCCGGAAAGACAAAUCUACCCAGACCCCAGACUCGUGGUCAGAGAAAACCCGGAGCAGGAGAAGUAGCAGCAGUCAUAAACGUUCAGCAUCAUGCGGCAGCACUGAGCAUCUAGAGGAGGUCGCUAAACUGAAACAGCUGCAGCAGCGCCCCAAACCUGUAGUCCCACGGGACUGUGACAAAGAUUGUCAGCAUAGCGAUCCUCAAGGAAGCUGUAGCCUAGGAACAACCCAGACCAAGCCAAUUCCCAUCCCUGCUUUUCUGUCCACUCUGGUCCCUCCUCUGCACUGCAGCGUGGAGGGUCUUAAUCAGGAGUUGGAAGGCAUGUUCAUCUGUCAAUCACAGCAUCAUCAGCACAGGCAGCUGCUUGAGGUUCCAGACGGUCACCGUGCUCCAGUCCCUCCACAGAGCUGCAGUACUGGAUGUCAGAGUUGUCAUAUCAGCACACCACUCUCACCAUCUCCCACCUCCUCCUCACCCUGCUCCUCUCCUACCAACAUCUCUACCUUUUCACCCAGUCCCAAAGAUGUACUUGCGGACUUGCACCAAGGCUCAGUAGACGGGAACCUUCUGUCGCCGUGCCCCUCCCAUAGCGAGGCCGACCUGUCUGCACCUCUGCAGACUGCCUCUUCCCCCAGGCCAAACAAAAGUUACUGUUUUCAGAGAGAACCUCCAGAGGGCUGUGAAAAGGUGCGGGUCUGGGAGGAGACCCGUGCAUCACACCAACCCACACCACCCUUCAUUUCCUCAUGCCCAGACCCCAACAAGGUAAACUUUACCCCCUAUGGGGGCUCCGCCUUCUGCCCCGUCAACCUCCUUAAGCCUUUGUUGCCCUCUAUGGACCUGUUCUUCCGCAGCCUUGCAGUCUCUCCAAGCAGUUUCUCAAACCAGGCAACAAGCUCCUGCCAGGCAACCUCCUCUGGUAACCAGACUUCCCCUUCAGGUUCUCCUGUCACCACCAUGGGAGACUGCUCUGGGGAAGGCCUUGCUUUCUGAUCAGUGGUUUCUUUUGAAGCAAUGCCGUGUUUGUAUAUGACAAUGUCUCACUUGGGUGCAAAUAAAACUGGCCAUAUACUACACAGUAACAUGACACACAUCUGUUACACCAAGAUUGUAGAGAACUCAAGCCAUAUUGGUAACACUCUUAUUCUACGAUUCGUCAGCAAUAAAUGUCUGUUACAUUGAGUCUGAUACGGCUGUGUUGCAAUGCCUCAUUGCGUAGUGUAUGGCUGGCUUAAUUAAGAUGGGAAAGGAACAUGUAAUUUGCUUUUUCUUCAACAAUUUUUCUUUUUAAACUUUGGUUUAAAAAAAAUAAAUAAAUGUGAUGCUAUAAAAUCCAAAUAAUGAUGUAUAAGAUGCUCAUGUACUACUUUCAUGGCUUUUUGGUCAUAACUUGAGGAUUUUUUUUUUUUCCCUAGAUAAUUUUAUAAUCCAAAGAUGUAUUUUGGCCAAACAUGAGUGAGUUCCUGUUAAGAUGGUACUGUUCACUUUUAUUGGUGAGAGAUACAAUUUGCACACUUGUGGAUGAUUGAAUCUCCUCACUAACUGCACUGCCUAAUUUUUUUUUUUUUUUUUUUUUUUUUUUUUACAAACCAGGGCUUUUCAUGUU